AUGACAAAAGGCAAAAUUGUACAAGAGGCCCGCAUACAAGAAGACGUUGCCGAUGAAGAAAUAAAUGAUGGAUAUGAUGUCCCAAGCUCACCCCCUCAACCAGCUACCUUUAAAGGGCGUCUUCAAAUGAGUGACUUCAUGUUCAAGUCAACUGAGCCUACACCCAAGGGAGAAACGUCCCCUAUUCGAAGAUCAUCAAGAUUAAACCCAUCAACAUCUUCCGCCACAAUAGCACCCGCACCAGUCACCACAGCCAAAAGGACGAAAAAGAGGCAAGCGGAAGAUAAUGAGAAUGACGUUACACCAACGAAGAAACGAGCACGCCCUAGUUCGGGAUACGCGCCACCGUCAACAUACGCCCAUCUCCCCGGUCUGCCAGAUGCUAUUGCUGACAACCUUCUCGUUCUGUUCAUCGGUCUAAACCCAGGAAUACAAACAGCAAGAACUGGACAUGCCUAUGCUCAUCCAUCAAAUCUGUUUUGGAAACUUCUCUUCUCAAGUGGUCUCACUCCACGUCUCUGUAGCCCGACAGAGGACCGUCAGCUCCCCGAGAUGUACUCAAUGGGGUUUACCAACAUUGUUGCUCGACCAAGCCGCAACGGAUCUGAGCUUAGCAAGCAGGAGAUGGACGAAGGCGUUGAGAUUCUUCACGAAAAAUGUCGCAAGUACCGCCCUGAGUCUGUAUGUGUUGUUGGUAAAAGUAUAUGGGAGAGUAUUUGGCGCGUGAGACACGGCAAACCUGUUGGAAAAGCUUUCAAGUAUGGUUGGCAGGAUGAGUCUGAGAACAUGGGUGUUAUUGAGGGUGAAUGGGAGGGAUCUAAAGUGUUUGUAUCAAGCAGCACAAGUGGUCUUGCUGCUACGUUAUCGCCAGCUGAGAAAGAACGGAUAUGGGCAGAAAUUGGAACAUGGGCCAAGAAACGAAGGGUAGAAAGGGAGCUCGAGAAGGAAGGGAAUAGUUCAUAG